AUGAUCUGGAGAGGAGUCUUCCUUCUGGCUGUUUUAUCCACCAGCGUCCCGUCAUUGCCAGUGACUUCAAGUCAGCUGGAGAAUGAGGACGUGGAGGUGAUGAAAUGCGUCGUGGAGGCGCUGGCCGACGUGCUGUCGAGGCCACACCUCAUGCCCAUCAGUCAGCAGUGUUUGGUCACACUGAAAACAGACGACAGGCUCCUGACUAUCCUUCGUCAUCACAACUUUUUGAAGGAGCUGCAGGAGAUCACUGUUCAAGGAGGUCACAGGAGGGCUGCGCUGCAGAGAUCCGCUGAUUCACCCACCCCCACGACAAAAACUCUUCACACACAGGAUCGCGUCGCUGAUCGAUCCAUGUUGGAUGCUUUGGGGGGCCCCGGCGAAAGAUCCAUCCUAUCCCAGAGGAAGAGAGAAGAGGAGGAUGAGAGCAGCGAAGACAGAGAGUCACAUGAGGACAGUGGAGCUGAAGAGGUGGAAGUGAAGAGGAGAAAAGAGGACGCUAACAACCAUGGAGGACAUAAGAAGACGAGAACAAACUCUGAGGAGAAUUCAAAAGAGGAAAGCGAAGUGAAGGAAACCAGAGGUGAUGGGUCUGAUGAAACGAGCGCCACUUCCAGAAACGAAUCAACAAAAGGCAGCCUAGAGGUGCAAGAUAAAGAGGAAAGUGGCAAAAGGUCUGCGCUGCUGCCACAUAAACCUGACAGCAAAGAGGAGGAGGAGGAAGAUAAAAAGAAAAGAGACGGCAAGGAGAACAUCAAGCACUGGACCAAGAGGACCAGGUCCUCACAUGUGAAGAAGAAAACAGUCCAAAAAGAGGAGCAGCAGUUCAGCAGCCAGCAGGAGGUGCCUCAUCAUUCGAAAGAGGUCACAGACGAAGAGGAGGAGGAGAAACGAGGUGCUCAGAGGAGUCCAGAGGAGAAGGAGCUGCAGCUGAUUGCUCAUGGGGCACAAGAAGAGAAGAAGGGGAUGGAGGAUGAAGGAAGCGGGAUUAGAAAAGAGGAGCCGGAGAUUGAAAGUCUGGCAGCCAUCGAGUCGGAGCUCGAAAGCGUUGCCCAGAAACUCCACGAUCUGCGUCGAGGCUGAAAGAAGGACCGGCACCAGUUUGACUCCUUGUUCUUCUCCGCUUCACCAGACGCCUGGUUUCCACAGAUAGAUAGUGUGGAUGUGUGAUAAGGUUUUAUCUUUUGUUAUUUUUAUUCUAGGAAGCCACACUGCUGCAGCUUUAUUUAUUUAUUAUUCAUUACUUUUCCCACAUUAAAGUAGCAUCCUGUAGGUUGAAGCUAGAAGACUAGCACCGUACAAAUGCACAAGUUCUGUGCAGAGUUUUAGGGAUAAAUCCAUGUUCUCUGACAGUCGUACAAUCGUUUCUUCUUUAUCUUGAUUAUUUAAAACUGAGCAUUGAUUUAUAUGAGGAGCUGAGGCUAAUUCAAGUAGACAUACACACCCUCAGGGUGGAGUUGUACAGUAACAGCUUGUAAAACCUUUAUUUAAUAAGUUAAAGAGAACAAGAAGAAAACAGAUGCUGACCUAUUGCAGUGG